CCCAACCCCUUGCAGCCAUGUGGGUGCGGGGAAACUGCCUCUAAGGCAGACACGUGGCGGAGCUGCCACCCAGGGAAGGCAUAUGGGGUCCUAGGACAAGACCCCCAGGACAGGUGAUGGAGGGUGAUGCCCCACCUUGCUCAGAGAGAAACGGAUGACGGGGCAUGCAUGACAUCCCGCUGGGACCGGGCAUCCAGCUGCCACUCGCAACGGAGCACAGCACGGCUCUAUUGUCUGCAGCCCCUGACUCGGGGUGCAGACGAGUGGCCCUGUUGGUGUCACCGGGUUAGGCCUCAUCUCUCCAUGCAUCCCUCGUGGAGUCGAGAACCAGCAGCACUGCCGGGAUGCGGCUGCACUCGCACCCAGACCAGACCCUGAGUCCAAGUGGUUGGUGCCUUGGUGCCAUCCACAGGGAUGCUGGAGUAUGCUAGGUGGGACCCCGCCACCUGUAGCUGACUGUCCGGCCUCAUGCAUCCUGAGCAAUGGGCCUUUAGCCACAGGUGCUGCUCCAUGGCCUCCGAAGCAAACCAGCUGCUUUGGAAGCUGUACCCAGGGGCCCAGCCCCUUUCCUUGCUCUCCAGCAGACCCAGAACAUCGGCUGGGGCUAUAAAUCCCUGCCCAUUCCCAGGUCAACAACCUGGCAGGCAGGGCCUUGCUGCGCCUUGCUGGGGCGUGGGAGGAUGCGGCUGCUCCAAUGAGCGCCUCCGCGUGCAGAAAGCAGCGGGGCGCAUGUGGGCAUUGAGCAAAGCACAGCCCUCACCCAGGCCACGGCCCUCGAGGACUCUGACCCUGCCGGGCCGGAAGAGCAGGACUGGGACAAGCCGCGGCAGGAGAGACAGGCAGCAUGGAGCCCAACACAGAGCUCUUGCCAGACAGCAGGUUCCCGCCCGAGGUGAUCGAGAUGCUGAUGAGGAAUCUCAGCGUCCCGGCUGCCUGCUUCUCCAAGCCGCCCACCUCCUGGCAGCUGCUGCAUGAGCUGGACGCAGUGGAGCUCACCAUCACCAGCAUGGCCACCUUCCUGACGCUGCUGUCGGUUGCCAUCUUCGCAGAGGAGGCCGUCUACCUGGUGCAGAAGAUCCGCUGCCCUGUCAAGAGGAAGACUUUGCUGUGGAGCAGCUCGGCGCCCACCGUGAUCGCCGUGUUCUGCUGCUUUGGGCUCUGGAUCCCGCGCUCCAUGAUGGUGGUGGAAAUGGCCAUUGGCUCGUACUUCGCGCUGUGCUUCCACCUGCUGAUGCUGACCAUGGUGGAGGGCUUUGGCGGGCCGGCGGCUGUGCUGCGGGCGCUGAAGGACACGCCGAUGGUGAUCAGCACCGGGCCCUGCUGCUGCUGCUGCCCCUGCUGCCCCCGCAUCACCAUGACCAAGAGGAAACUGAGGCUGCUGCUCCUGGGCUCUUUCCAGUAUGCCUUCCUCAAGAUAGCCGGUGUCUUCGUGGGGCUGGUGCUGGCAGCCGACGGGAACUACGACCCGGCUGAUAUCUCAGCGCAGAGUGUGUCCCUCUGGAUCAACACCUUCCUGGGCAUCUCCACCGUCUUUGGGCUGUGGGCGCUGGGCAUCCUCUUCCGGCAGGCGAGGCUGCACUUGAAGGAGCAGAACAUAGGGGCCAAGUUCGCCUGCUUCCAGUCACUGCUCAUCCUGACUGCGCUGCAGCCCUCCAUCUUCAGCAUCUUGGCCAACGGUGGCCAGAUCGCCUGCGCCCCGCCGUUCUCCUCCAAGGCCAGAUCCCAGCAUAUGAACAUGCAGCUGCUGGUCCUGCAGACCUUCCUCAUGACGGUGCUGACGCGGAUGUACUACCGAAAGAGGGACGACAAGCCGGGCUACGAGACUUUUGGCCCUGCGGAGGCAGACGGCGACAUCAAAGUCUAAGCCAGAAGUGCAUGUGAACUUGUGAAAGGCAGGAGAGCCUAUGGCAUGAGGUGUGCCGACCUGAAUGCCCCCUCUGCAGGGUCCCUGCAACCCAGGCCCUAUUUCCCCCAGAACUGGCCUGACGCCCUCAUGGGAGGGGGAUGCAGAGUCUGCGCUGAUACAGAAACACCUGAAACCCGGAGGGCUUGAACCAAGGCUCUUCUGGUCUCAGCUGGGGCUUUAUGCGUAAUGUGCCUUGCGCACACCGUCACUGAGCACAGAAUAAAAGGGCUUUGGCACUUCUGCUAUGGUCAUCAGUGUUGCUUCCUGGAGUCAC